AUGUUCAAUGUAAACCUGGAGUUCCCUCGAAUAAGUAUAAAUGACAAACAAAUUAGCAGUGAUAAAAUUGUGGAAAGAGAAGCAGCUGUUCUACAAUGUACAUUUGAUGCUAACCCAAAACCGCAUAUAAGAUGGUUUCUUCCUAAUGAUGAAGAAAUAGUUGUGUUUGAACUCAACUCCAUUCCUCAAUUAAACACAGCCAGUUCAGGUAUACUAGAGCAUCUCUACACCAGUAAAGCAAAAAUAAAUGAUCUCAGGUGUGAGAACAGUGGUGUGUACAGAUGUGAGGGAAGUAACUCUUUGACACAAGUUGAGGGCAGGAUGGAGUUGUCUGUCAUGUGUCCACCAACCAGUUCCAGUGUUUACCCAGACUUAGAACUUAAACCAAAUUAUGUUUGGGAAAUCCCCAAAUCUCUCAGUUUUUCUUUUGUGAUCAGAGGUUUCCCAGAACCAACUGUUCAAAGGGUUGUAUCUGACGUCAAAGGAAGUAAAAGACAGGAGAAAAUUCCAGAGGACGUCGAGUUUACUAAAGAAAGCAAAUAUGAUGGAAAACCCUACAUGACAAAAUUCACAUUUUUUAGCCGCAGAAAGUUAGAUCAAACUGAUAUGGACAGGGAGUUUACAGUAACUUUUGAAUCCAGUGAAUUUAAAAGAGAUUUAAAGUUUGUUAUCAGUGUUAGGGGUCCACCACAUGUUGUCACCAAUAUAACAAGUGUUGAUGUAAAACAUGAUUCUGUGAAAAUUUUCUGGAUCUCUGGCUUUGAUGGAGGAGAAAAGCAAACAUUCUCUAUUUAUUAUCGUCCAUACUCUAGCAAAAUGGAUGGUGAAUGGAGUGUUGCUGUUGAAAACAUCCAACCAAUGAUGGCGCUAGAAGUCUGGAAUGAGGCAAUUGUGAAAUCUCUGUCUGCAAGUACAGAGUAUGAAAUGAAAGUUGUGGCCAUCAAUGUGUUAGGACAGGCUGAAUCUGAGCCACUGCGGAUUAAAACUACAGCUGCCCUUGAUGAGCCCUUGUCUGCUGGAGCUAUUGCAGGAGUUGUUUUUGGAGUUCUGACCCUUAUUGUCAUCAUUUGUCUUGUCAUAUACCUCCUAGUUUUGAGAAAAAAAAUUAAAAAAGAGAGGACAACUAUAACGACUGAGAAUGGAGCUCCAGUUGUUUGCCUAAGAUUUUUCAACUGUUUGGGGACAAAAAGACAAAGAGGAACAUUAGCUCCAGACAACUCUAUUGGAAAUAUAGUCCUUUAUGAAAAUAUAUAACAUUCACCCAGAGCAGAAACAUCAGCAGUAGCCUCCUACUCUAUUGGAAAUGUAGGCCUAUAUGAAAGUCUUCAACAUUCACCUACAGAAGACCCUGAAUAUUUACCAUUUGUUGAUGGCUCAUCAGUAAAUAGAAACUCAGCCGACCCUGAAUAUGUAACUAUUGUGGAUGACCCACCAUCAAGUGGGAACUCGGACGGCUCCCACUAUACAAAUGUAAAAUGUUGAACACUCUACGAAUUACACACCUUGUGUGUUGUUUAACUAAAAUCAGUGACAAAGAACUUUAUAUCUACUUGGCAAUUGACAGAUAAAACAAAAUCUGGUUGAAAAUGUGCUAUAGGAGAUAUUGAUGAAAGGGGGGGGGGACUUGCAGUAGUUCGCUGACAAAUGAAUAAUUGUGUGUACCUUUCAUGAAUCUAUAUAUAAAAUCCUCUUCUGGGAAACGCUAGAAAACAAGCUGUAAGCGCGCUCCCUACCACCCCACCCCUACAUGGUCUGGUGAGCUUUGGUUCACGCUAAAUGUUUACAAUCAUAGAGCUGGGAUUAGUGACGGCUAUUAGGGGCAGAUAAUUUAGUUUGAAACGAUUUUAAACUUAGGGGAGGUAACUAAGA